UCUAGAAGGCAAUGGAAGUUUGUUUUUAACGUUAGUGAAAAGUAGUGAAAUAGUGAAAGGAAAGAAAAACAUGGCAACGCCAAAUAAGGGCAAAGAGAAAGAGCCUAUGGAUAUUGUUCACCAAAACGCUAUUCAUGUGGAAACAAUCAGGAAAGAACAGCGGAGUCAGAAGCUUCAUACUGAGUUUAGCAUCAAUCCGUUUAAAAAGUUGCAUAUUUUAGCUGAUAAACCCAUGUCAAGAAAAAUGUAUGAAGAUAUCGAGGAGGACCCUACUUUCCUGAACAUCAUACAUAAAGCACAUUCAGAACCAACAAAGAAGUACACUCAUCCACUGACCGAGUCUCAAGAAAUUGGAUGGAUUUCCACUCCACUGAUUGCUUCAGAUCGCGCUGACAGAAGACUGAACUUCCCCAGGCAGAAUUCUGAAAUCACCAAAUACAUGGCUGCUGCCUGGCGCCUGAAGGGAAAAAAUUAAAACCUUGGGUAAAACAAGGCACGUUUUUCUAGCUUUUCUGUAACUGUCUCAUUUUUAUGUUU